ACACACACACACACACACACACACAACCUUGGCCAUAUAGGAGAUACUGUACAGAUAAAAGGCUGAGUUUGGUGUCUGGCAUGCUUCUGAAUCCUCUGCACGGUUGCUGACCACAGUCUGUGGAGGAGUGAGGACACACACACACCCACAGGGUCACGGAGAGUAUAAGAUAGAGGGAUGAAACAGUAGAGAGGGAAGAGUUGUGGAAAAAGAUAGUGAGAAAGACAAAGGAAGCACACGAUUAGAAAAGAAAUGCAGGUGUAAGAUAUGUGACACACUUCACUCUGGCCUUGGCGUCAACAUUUAAACACGCAGCUUCUGCGAGUAAAGACUAGGGAUUUUUCUAUUUUCUCCCUCAUUGUGGUUUAUUUACUUAUUUGAUCCAAUGCGACUGUGUGGAUUUGUGCAUGUCUGGCUGCUGGGGUCAGUCCUGCUGCUGCUGCCCCUGCGGGGGGUCACGCAGGUGAAGGACGGGCACCCAGGGUAUCACUCAAACUCGACAGAAAGCCAACAUGGUCAUGGCUCCAGCAUCACUGAAGUCCCCAUCGUGACCUUUAAGUGGCACCACGUGGAAAAGCCCUAUCUAAUCGCUCUGUGGAUACUGGUGGCUUUUUUGGGGAAGAUGGUCAUUGAGGCCAACCACCAUGUGACCAGCAUAAUCCCGGAGAGUGCCCUGCUCAUCUGCUUCGGAUUUAUCCUGGGUGGGAUGAUCUGGGGCGCGGACAAGAAACAGACUUUCACACUGACGCCGGAAGUGUUCUUCUUCUACCUGUUGCCUCAAGUCAUCCUGGAUGCGGGCUACACCAUGCCAAACAAGCUCUUCUUCAGCAACCUGGGGGCCAUCAUAAUCUACGCCAUCAUCGGGACCUGCUGGAACGCCGCCAGUGUGGGGCUGUCGCUGUGGGGGUGUCACAUGGGAGGAGCCAUGGGUAACAUAGAGGUCGGCCUGCUGCAGUAUCUUCUCUUCGGCAGUCUCAUCGCCGCGGUGGACCCUGUAGCCGUCAUUGCCGUGUUCGAGCAGGUCCAUGUCAACGAGGUCCUCUUCAUUAUGGUGUUUGGAGAGUCGCUGCUCAACGAUGGCGUGACAGUGGUGCUCUUCAAUGUAUUUGAUGCGUUCGUGUCAUUGGGAGGACCCGCAAUUAAUGCUGCAGAGAUAGUUAAAGGAAUAGUGUCUUUCUUUGUCGUGGCUUUUGGUGGUUCCCUCAUGGGUUUUGUUUUUGGCCUGCUGAUCUCUGUUCUGACAAGAUUCACCAAAAACAUCAAGAUCAUCGAGCCGGGCUUCGUCUUUGUCCUGGGAUAUCUCAGCUACCUGACCGCUGAGAUGCUCUCGCUGUCUUCCAUCCUCUCCAUCGUCUUCUGCGGUAUCUGCUGCCAGAAGUACGUCAAUUCAAACAUGGAUGAGAACUCCGUCAACACGGUCAGAUACUGCAUGAAGGUUCUGGCCAAUGGAUCUGAGACUAUGAUCUUUAUCUUCCUCGGCAUCUCGGCCAUCGACAAAGAAAUCUGGGUUUGGAACACGGGCUUCAUCCUCCUCACGCUCCUCUUCAUCAUCGUCUACAGGAUAAUUGGUGUGUUUUUCCUCACCUGGAUCCUGAACAAGUUCAGGCUAGUCCCCAUAGAGUUCAUCGAUCAGGUGAUCAUGAGCUACGGUGGCCUGCGAGGGGCUGUAGCAUACGGCCUGGCUGUGAUGCUGGAUGGGAGCAAGAUAAAGGAGAAGAAUCUGAUGAUCAGCACCACACUCAUCGUGGUGUACUUCACUGUCAUUUUUCAGGGAAUAACCAUGAAACCUCUGGUCAUGUGGCUCAAAGUCAAGAGAGCACAAGCUACAGAGAUCACACUUAUAGAGAAAGUGCAGAAUAAGGUGUUUGACCACAUGCUUAUUGCCAUAGAGGACAUAUCUGGACAAAUUGGACACAACUACAUGAGGGACAAGUGGAAGCACUUUGAGGAGAAGUGGAUGUCGCGGAUCUUGAUGAAGCCAUCGGCGAGGAAGAGCCGCGACCACGUCUUCAGUGUCUUCCAUCAGCUGAACCUCAAGGAUGCUCUCAGCUACGUGGCAGAGGGUGAACGCAGAGGCUCCCUGGAGUUCAUCCGCAAUGAAAGUGCAAUCGUCAACUUCAAGAAGAAGUUUGAAGAAGACUACGAUGUGGUGAUGCCCGACAUCAUGUCCGACAUGUCGGACGACCGCGGUGACAUGUCGGAUGUAAGGAACCCGGUGCCGUCAGUGAGCCUGGAAAUGCACGAGCAGACAAUGAAGGGUGUGAGAGAAACUGAGGAUGUCAACAGUCACCACCUGCUGCAUCAGCACCUGUACAAGAGCAGGAAACAGCACCGGCACAGGUACAGUCGCAGCCAUUUCAAUAUCAACGAAGAUGAGAACGAGGUGCAGGAGAUUUUCCAGAGGACCAUGAGGAGCCGCCUGGAGUCCUUCAAGUCCACAAAGAUGGGCGUUGCUCCGCCAAAGACGAUUUCCAAGCAUUCGAAGAAAGAUCAGCAGCAAAAGAUGGCAAACGGAAAACCAAUGGACAAAACUAAAAGCUCCCACUCCGGAGAUGAAGAUUUUGAGUUUUCAGAAGCAGACAGCGCGUCGGGUUUUGAAGCAUCAGGACAAUCGUUCCCCAUGAGAGUCACCUACAGACCAGGAGCUGGAAUUGAGAACCCGGCCUUCAUGCCGGACAUGGACCCCAUGGCUCCACUGCAGAUCCCGCCGUGGCUGGCGGAGGCUGAGCUGGACAGCAGCACGGUCGCGCCGUCACAGCGAGCCCAGGUCAGGCUGCCGUGGACACCCAACAACCUGCGCCGCCUCGCUCCACUCCGCAUCAGCACCCGCUCCACUGACUCCUUCAUGAUGGCUGACACUCCAGCCAUCCUGCAGGUGCAGCAGCAGCAGCAAGAGCAGCAGCAGCAGCAGCAGCAAGAGCAGCAGCAGCAGCAGCAGCGGCGGCGGAGGGAGAGGGAUGUGGACGUGGACUUUGACCUGCCUCCUCCCCCUCCUCCUCCUCCAACCGACAUGUAGCAGCACCCUGACCUCAGACUUUGCACCUUCUACUCUCAAAAAGAUUGACUAGGGAAUGUUUUCCUUUCUGUGCCACUGUGUGAUUUUAGUUUUCAGUCCCACAAACUCUGUGCUCUUCACUUGUUGUCACCCUUCACUGAGCCGAAUGAAGGUGUGUGUGUUUUUUGAUUCAAACCUCUCAUUUUAGCUGGUCCUCACAACUUUAAAGGGCUUUUUUUAAGGAUUAAGUCUUGGUUUUAUGGUUAGAAAUGGAUUAUGGCCAUAGUUCUCAAGCUGUGGUAUGUCUACCACUAGUGGUAUGCGAGCUUCCCCUGGUGGUACUUGGAGGAAUAUCAAAAAUACUGUUCUACUGUAUAUACCAGGGUAUGUGCUUGGAGUGGAGCUGAGGAAUUUUUCCCAGAGUGCUUAGAUAAAUAAUAAUAAUUAGAGUCACCUUAUCUCUCGCUCCAUUGUAAUCUAAUUUCACCAUACCAGUGUGUGAUGUAUAUGUGAGGAACUUUUCCCAUUCAUGUGUAUGUGCUUUCGCAAUACAGAUAAUCUUGAAUUAACUAUCCAUACAUUCAGGGCAUCUGAAAAUAAGUCAGAAUUAAACAGUUGAUAUCUCAAAGUGAAAUUAUGGACAGUCAGAAUUUCCAAAUCCUUUACACCAGAGGUCACAAACCUGUGGCCCAUGGGCCACAUGCGGCCCCUCAAUCGAUUUCAGGUGGCCCGCCACUUAAGUGUUUGUUUUCGAUAUUUAAAGAUCCACUUUGCAUCCUAAAUAUGUUUUUUUUAUUGUAAACUAUAUAUUGUUCCAUGUCAAAACAAACACUUUCAUUUUGAUAUAAUCACUAAUGUCUUUACUGCUACAUCAGGAUGGAAUUUCAUGUAAUUUUAAGUUAAUAUCUGCCCCACGCUUUACACACAAUAGGAUAAAUGACUCUGUAAUUUGUCCCAGGAAGAAAAAAGCUGUGAACAUUUUUUUUUCCCUGGGAAGAAUUGAAUUAUAGGUAUCUUCAACACAUUUUUAGACAAUUAUAUGUCACAACGGGUUGUUUUUGUUUGUAUUCUUGUUCACGUGUCUCAUGAAAAAAGACUUUGAGGUUAGAAAUUUACCUUGAAGGACAGUUGUCAUGUGAAAAGACAAAGAUAUAUUUAUUCACAAAUGAAGUUUGCCAUGUAUGGACCACCAUGAUCUCACAUCUGUGUCUUCAGAGAAGAACACUGAAAAUAUGGAUUUAGAAAUAUAGAAAAAUAAGAAAAUGUGAAUCUGCGCAGUCAAUUUUAUGUAUUUUAUUUUAAAUAUUCACUGCUGUCAACCCAAUAAAAUGUCCCCAAGAGGCUCAAAUAUGA